AAAUGAUAUCUUUCCAUCUCUAAUUUCCACUCAUAUUCUGAUAUACCCUGUUAUUUAAUCCACCAAUUUCCUAUCUCAUCUAUUUUGGUAGUCAUAUACUAAGUUAAUUUAAAAGAUUCUUGUUCUAUCCAAAAUGAUUUAUCAGGUUUUAUAUUUUUUCGUUACUAAGCAACGAUGUCUUAACACUUCAGUGAACUGUGUUUUACUUAUUGUUUGAUUUGGUUUAGUAUAAGUAAAAUUAAAAUUAAAUUGGUGAAUUCAUAAAAAUGGACGGCAUCAAAGAAGAUGCUAUUCAUAACACAGCUCUGAAAUUAGCAGAAGAAAUAAAAAAUCUAUCCAUUUAUAAAUCAUUUUACAGCGACAUACAGAAAUUAGUUUCGUCUCCGAAUGUAAAAAAAGAAGAUUUUAAACAAAGUCUUCAAGAGGCCAUGAAAGAAAAAGGUUUAGACACAAAACUAAGAAAUACCGUUUAUCACUGGGUACGAACUCAAAGUAAAAAUAAUAAAUUAGACCCCCUGACAUGUUUGUCGAAAGCUAGUUCUCAGUGGGAGAAAAGGAUACAUAAAUCGUUGAAUUCUAUGUGUUCGGACUUAGAAACUUCAUUAGCUAAGCUGCGACCCCAGAGCGAACAAGACGACAUUGCCGAAAAAUGGAACGAACUUAGCACAUAUAGUUUGGAUCUUUCGAAGUACAGACCCGUUUACGCACCAAAGGAUUUUUUAGAAGUUCUAUUAACACUAUCCGGUUACGUACCGUUUACAAGAGAAGAUGAGCCGAAAUGGGAGUUCGCUCAUCUACCACUGCAAGUGAAAACUUUGGACCAAUUGCGCAAAGAAUACCCCGAGUGGGCGAGCGGGGAGCCGCUGCUGGGCGCCAACCCGGAGUCUCGGUGCGCGCUGGGGGGCGGCGCGCUGGGGGCGGAGCGCGCGGCGUUGGGGGCGCGCGUGUCGGCGCUGCGUUACGCGCCCGUUGCGCAGGAGUUCCUCAAGCGCGGCAGUCCGCACUGUCUCCGAGCAGGCCUCUGGGCACAAGUGCUGGGCGUUGAAAUCACGCCACACCAAACGGCGAAUUUUAACCAACUGAAGAAGAGCGUGCUGGAGGUGGACCUCAUGAUAGACAAGCUAAUAUUCAAGGACGUGCAGCUGACAGCUUCUAACGAUGACCAGUAUUUUGUGUUCGAAGAUCUGCUUUACCAGGUGAUGCUUUGCUUUUCGCGCGACGGCGAAAUCUUGCAGCAGCUGAAGGGCUGCGUGGGCAGCGCCCUCACGGUCACCAUCAAGGGCAAGCAGACCUCGCCCGACAACACCACCGUUUUCCCGCCCAGUGGAAUUAUACCAUUCCAUGGAUUCUCUAUGUAUGCGACGCCGUUCUGUUACCUGUACGACGAGCCGGUGCAGCUGUACUACACCUUCCGCGCCUUUUACAUCCGCUACUGGCAUCGUCUGCACAACAUCUCCACACACCCGCAGGGCAUCGUAUCACUUUGCUUAUUAUAUGAAAGAUUGUUGGAAGCUAACGAACCUUUACUUUGGAUACAUUUCAAAAAUAUUAACAUCCAUCCAGUAAGAGUUGUAUUCAAAUGGCUGAUGCGAGCUUUUAGUGGCCAUCUUCCUCCGGAUCAGCUGCUGUUUUUAUGGGACGCCAUUUUGGGCUACGAUUCUUUGGAUAUUCUGCCACUGCUCGCGGUCGCCAUUUUGAGUUUCAGAAAAGAGAAUAUAUUUCAAGUGAACACGAUUCAAAAUGUGGACGCCGUGUUGGCAGAUCUGUCCACAAUAUCAAUAGUACCUUUGUUACAACUGGCGUUGAUGAAACCUUAGAAUAUCCGAUCAAAAAUUGUUACACAUUUCUUGUUGAUUUUGAAAUAAAAUUGUUAUAUUUA